CUGACACUUCGUUACGGCAACCUCCGUUACAGCAACAUCUACUCUCGGAGCUGCAACUUUGAAACUUUCUCCUGACACGUGAUAGACGAUUUACCUUUAGGGAUUCGAAUGUAAAUCCUCAAAAAAUGCUUCUUCUUUGUGAUUACAGCAGAUUUUAAACCGUAAUCUGCAACAUGCAGUCGUCUCUGACGAAAGGUGUGGUGACCAAAGCCACCGAUUUUUCUAUAGCGGCGAUUAUGGCUAAAGAAAAACCGGCCGAGAAGGAACUUGAUGAGGCCUCUCUCCCCACAGGAUUAUCCGAAGUGGGUUUAUGGCCGGUCGAUUAUCCAGAAAAGGAAGAAGCUAGUCCGAUCUGUAGUCCCGCUACUUCUCCAACGAUUUUUGAAUCGGAACGUACUUGUGUAGAAGAUAGCAGAUCCGAUAGCGAGGACAAUGCUGAAUCUGUGGGAAAGACAGUUAUAAAUCCUUAUACCGAUGCAUUAAAACCUCGAUGUAACAGCGAUAGUUUGAAAAAAUCAGAAUGCCACUUAGAAAACAAGGAGCUAUGGGAGAAAUUCCACGAAUUAGGAACUGAAAUGAUUAUAACAAAAUCUGGCAGGAGAAUGUUUCCGACGCUGAGAAUAUCGUUUAGCGGAGUGGAGAGCCACACCAAAUAUGCAGUGCUACUGGAUAUCGUGCCCAUAGACAAUAAGAGGUAUCGUUAUGCCUAUCAUCGAUCAUCGUGGCUAGUGGCAGGCAAAGCAGAUCCCCCCUCUCCUGCUCGCCUCUACCUCCAUCCCGACUCUCCUUUCACAGGAGACCAACUUCGCAAGCAAGUUGUGUCUUUUGAGAAAGUAAAACUGACAAAUAACGAGAUGGACGACCAAGGACAUAUAGUUCUAAACUCCAUGCACAAAUAUCAACCGAGAAUUCAUCUGGUUAGAAGUCCAAGUAACAAUCAAAUAACAGAAUUGCAAUCGAGCGAGUUCCGGACUUACGUUUUUCCAGAAACGGUAUUUACGGCAGUAACAGCAUAUCAAAAUCAACUGAUAACGAAGCUGAAGAUUGAUAGUAACCCAUUUGCCAAAGGAUUUCGAGAUUCUUCACGUUUAACCGAGUUCGAAAGGGAGACAAUGGAAACGUUGCUGUCAGAUACUUUAACUCAUCCUUCAUUCAGGCCCUUCUUAGAUCCGGACAGACCGGACGACCUCAGCUGUCUCCUACUUAGAGAUCAUCCGGGACUUUUAGGAAUUCCUGCUAGGCCGCCAUUUAUGUGGAAGCCCUCUCCGGGCCUUCCCAUGGCCGGAGAUACAUGUAAUCUGUUAGUGCACCCACAACUAUAUACCGCACGUGCGUUAUCGCCUCAUCUUUGGACGCAAUGGGCUACGUCCGCUUCCGGUUUAAUUUUUAACUCAAAUCCAGUCAGACCACCUACUGAAAAUUUGUCUCUCAACCGAUAUAUGCCGUAUUUUCAUCCCAAAAGAGAAACUGCUGCCGGGUACAACGAUCACGUGACUUCGAACGGUUUCAGGUGAAAGAUGACCUCCGAAUCUCUUUUAUGUGGCCUGUACAGUUCCUAGGAUGAAUGAAGAUUAAUUGGCUCUUAUUGUUAGUAAAACAAUUUUUCUUGAAUGUAUUUAUUUACUGGGAAUCGAAGACGGAAUACCGUCAUUGUGUACAUCUUUGUAUAUUAAUUUCAGCAAUAAAA